CUUCUCCAAGGGCUGAGCUUCAGUGCCAAGUAUUGUGCUAAGCACAACCAUCUUCAAACAGCGUGUCCUUACAGUAAAAUAAAACCAAGAAAAUGCCACAUCCUGCACUGUUCAGGAUGCACACACUGGGCUGUGCCACCUGGGAGCAUCCUGCCACAGAGAUUCUUUUCCUGCAAGGAAGGAACAGAAAUCCCUUCCAAAAGCAAGCAGAAUACAUCCAUAGUAACAUCAGAGCUUUUGUACAAGAAUCUAAUGAAAUCAGAGCAGGAAAACUGGAAUGACAUUUCACCAAUGUACAAAGCUAUGACAAAGAGAAUCAGAGAAAAACUAGAAGAACUGCACAACAAGUAUAUGUUCAGUUCAGGAAGCCCAAGGAUAAGGUUUGGAGAGAAUGUGUACUUUGAGGACAAUGGCUGCAUAUUUCUUUCAAAAGCAGAUGAUGAAUGUGAAGGAAAUGCUCGCAUUUUAUUCAGUACUGAAGAACUUGGCUUUCCUGAUGUCUUUCUUCAACGGAUCAGAAUUUCACCAGAUCAGAGAUACAUGGCCAUCAGCUUAAAAAGUGUAAAUUCUGAAGAGUCAACCUGUGUUGUUAUGAAACUUGGUCAUUUUCCUGUUUUGGAAAAAGUAAUUCCAAGUGUAUUUAACUUUGACUGGGCUACGAAUGAUGUUCUGUAUUACACGAGUCAGAAGAACCUUAAAUGCCAGAAUGUGUUUAUGACCACUUUCACUCAUCAGAAAUAUACAAAGUUAGUUUAUACAGAAGAAGAUGCAAGAUUCUUUGUAGACAUUUAUUGCACAAAAGACAGGCGUUUUCUCACUAUCAACAGUAACAGCAAGACAACCUCAGAAGUUUGGCUGGUUGACUGUAGACAUCCUUUUAAGGCACCUGCUCUUGUCCAAGCACGAACACAAGGGAUCAUUUACCACGUUGAGCACAGGAAUGAUGAGUUAUAUAUUCUUACUACAUACGGAGAACCUGCAGAAUAUAAGUUGAUGAAGACACCAGUAGCUUCCAGUGGCAAGGAGAACUGGCAGUUAGUCUAUGCACUGGAGCAGAAAACCAAAGUAGUAGACUUUGAGAUGUUCAGUGAUGACUGUAUCAUGUUCCUGAAGAACGCUGGUCUUCUUCACUUAAAUGUGAUUUCUUUUGUUUCACACUCAGUUCAGUCAAUAAAGCUACCUACGUGGGCCUGUGAAUUUGAAUUGGAAUCUCAUCCUGAGCCUACCACCAGCAGUUGCUAUUUUCAGCUCUCCUCCCCAGUACACCCCCCUAAGCGUUUUGCAUAUUCAUUUAAAGAAAAUAAUCUCAUUGAACAAGCUGUGGAAGAGGUACCAAUUAGCACGAAUUGUCACACUACACGUUUACUAGCUAAAAGCAAGGAUGAAACUUUGGUGCCAAUUACAGUUUUUCAUAAUAGGAAUUCUAAAGAGCUACACAGGAAACCACUUCUAGUUCAUGUAUAUGGAGCUUAUGGCAUAGAUUUGAACAUGAGCUUUAAAGAAGAGAAGCUGUUAUUAAUUGAAGAGGGUUGGAUAUUAGCAUAUUGCCACGUUAGGGGUGGAGGAGAGCUAGGCCUUAGCUGGCACAAAGAUGGAUGUCAGCAGAAUAAACUCAAAGGUCUCCAUGACCUUAAGGCUUGCAUCACACUGCUGCACAAACUGGGAUUUUCUCAGCCGAAACUCACAGCACUAGAAGCUGCCAGUGCUGGAGGAGUUCUUGCAGGAGCCUUGUGCAACACUGAUCCAGAACUGAUCAGAGCCAUGGUUUUACAGGCUCCUUUCGUAGAUGUUUUGAACACAAUGAUGAAAACUCAUCUCCCACUGACAAUUGAGGAACAAGAAGAAUGGGGAAAUCCAUUAGAAGAUGACAAAUGUAUGAAGUAUAUCAAAAGCUACUGUCCAUACCAGAAUAUUAAGCCACAGUGUUAUCCUUCAGUUUUUAUCACGGCACAUGAAAAUGAUCAACGGAUACCACUACUGGGAGUUCUACAAUAUGUUCAGAAACUUAGGAAGGCUGCCCAAGAUCAUGCCAGCAGAACAAGUAAGAAAGGAAAUUGGAUUCCUAAUAUCAUCUUAAACAUUCAGGCAAAUGGCAGUCACUGUGAUUCAUCUUGGGAGGACUCACUGAAUGAGGUUGCAAGACAGCUUGCUUUUCUGAAAAAAGAACUUGAGGACGUAUGCCAUCUCCAACAUCAUAGCAAAUCCUGCAAAUAG